AUGCCGAGCAGUCAGAGCGGCGGCCCGCAGCCGUUGGCCUCUUUGACGGCCGUCGCGGCGAGUGAUGUCGUGGCACCGCAACAGUUAGCUCAAUCGAUCGCAACAACCAACACCACAACCACCACCGCAGCAGCAGCAGCAGCAGUAGUAGUAGCGGCGGCGGCGGCGAAUAAUGCCAACAUCAACAUUAAUAAUGCUGAUAAGAAUAAUAAUAAUAAUAAUAAUAAUAAUAAUACAAAUUCUAAGACCACAGUGGCCUUGGAAAAUGCUCGACUGCAUCCGCGUUGUGCACUCUUUCGUCCAUCCGUCGCGCUAUCGCAGGAAAUUAUGCCACUGUACAGACUUAUUAACAGCAAAUAUAGUGAGGAACGUCGGUGUCGGCAGCCCGGUCCAAAGUAUAAUGACGGCUAUGAUGAUCGACAUGGGCAUUAUCUUGUCUUUACAGGUGAGGUCAUAUGGGGACGGUACACAGUACAAGGGAUACUUGGUCGUGGUAGCUUUGGUACUGUGUUGAAGUGCUUUGAUGAGAAGCAUCAAGAGCAGGUUGCGGCAAAGGUG